UCACCUUUCUGAAUCCUCUAUGGCGGGUCGUUGGUUGAAUUGAUUGUUGUUUAUUUAGUCUCAUAGGGUUAUUUUCUACCUCACAUACGUUUGUUGGAGUUAUUGUGCUGUUUUAUUUCAUAUCGAGACAUGCUGCGAGUGAGUUCUGUGCUGUGCAGGUCCUGGAGAGGGUUCAAGACUUUCCCAUGUGCAGCUGUGGAAGUUAAGAAUGAACCUAUCCUGGGGUUCAAAGAGGGGAGUAAAGAGAGAGCAGAGCUGGAGAAGGCACUACACAACCUGAAGGGAAAGACUGAAGAGAUCCCAUGUGUGGUUGGAGAUGAACAAGUAUGGACCAAAGAUAUCAGAUACCAGCUGUCGCCUUUUAACCAUGCACACAAAGUGGCCAAGUUCUGCUACGCUGAUAAGGAGCUCCUGAACAAAGCUAUCCUGGCUUCUGUGGCAGCAAGGAGAGAAUGGGACCUUAAGCCAGUGGCCGACAGGGCUCAGAUCUUCUUUAAAGCUGCUGAUGUAAUCAGUGGGCCGAAGAGAGCAGAGAUUCUGGCCAAGACGAUGAUUGGCCAGGGUAAGACUGUGGUGCAGGCUGAGAUUGAUGCUGCAGCCGAGCUUAUUGACUUCUUCAGGUUCAAUGCCAAGCAUGCCAUAGAGCUGGAGCACCAGCAGCCUCUGAACAGUGACGGCAGCACCAACACCAUGUUGUAUCGUGGGCUUGAGGGCUUUGUAGCUGCUGUUGCACCUUUCAACUUUACUGCCAUCGGAGGAAACCUGGCUGGAACGCCUGCAAUGAUGGGUAAUGUGGUGCUGUGGAAACCCAGUGACACUGCCAUGUCUGCCAGCUACGCCGUCUAUAAAAUCCUGCGGGAGUCCGGACUACCACCCAAUAUCAUUCAGUUUGUUCCAGCUGAUGGUCCAGUUUUUGGUGAUACCGUCACUGCGUCUAAGCACCUGGCUGGAAUUAACUUCACCGGCAGUGUUCCUACAUUUAAGCGAUUGUGGAAACAAGUGGCACAGAACCUUGAUCUCUACAAAAACUUUCCUCGUGUUGCUGGAGAAUGUGGUGGCAAGAACUUCCAUUUUGUGCACAAGUCAGCGGACAUUCGCAGUGUGGCGAUGGGCACCAUACGCUCAGCGUUCGAGUACGGAGGGCAAAAAUGUUCAGCCUGCUCCAGGAUGUAUGUUCCUGACACACUCUGGCCUCAGAUCAAAAACGAGCUGCUGGCUGUACACAAACAGAUUACAGUGGGAGAUCCAGUUGAAGAUUUUGGAACCUUCUUUUCAGCAGUGAUUGAUGACAAGUCCUUUGCCAGGAUUAAGGGCUGGCUCGACUAUGCCAAGACAUCUAAAAAUCUGACUGUGAUUGCUGGUGGAAACUGUGAUAAUAAAAAAGGAUACUAUGUGGAGCCCACAAUUAUUGAAACCAAAGACCCACAAGAUAAGAUCAUGAAUGAGGAAAUCUUUGGACCAGUUCUGACUGUGUAUGUUUAUCCUGAGAACGACUACAAGAACGUGCUAGAGUUGAUUGACACCACGUCUCCAUAUGCUCUCACAGGAGCCGUCUUUGCCCAAGAUAAGUCUGUUGUAGCUGAAGCUGCGAAAGCACUGAGAAAUGCAGCAGGAAACUACUACGUCAAUGACAAAUCAACAGGCUCGAUUGUGGCUCAGCAGCCAUUUGGUGGCUCUAGAGCAUCAGGUACCAACGACAAGCCAGGCAGCCCACACUAUGUUCUCAGAUGGACCUCACCCCAGGUUGUUAAGGAGACCCACGUGCCACUGACAGAUUGGAAAUAUGCUUACAUGGGAUGAGACCUUUCUCGCUCAUUGUACCAUUUAUCAGUUAAUCCCUUCAACCCAUGUAUUUCUGAUAUUUUCCUUCUUGAUGUAAUCUAUCCUUACCUAAGUGACCUUAUCAUGGAAUCCAAGAUUUCUUGUUUCAGAAGAAAUAACUGGUCUGGUACCCUAUGAUAGACAUGCAAAUUAAAUGAAAAUAUGUAUCUGGGAAAACUACUGAGCACUGCUGUAUUUUAAAAGAUAUUAAAAUGUGAAAACAGUUGAAAUGCACUUAGAAUAAUGCUGAUGCUGGUUGCUGGUCAUCAGGCUACACCAGUGGAGAAUGAAUUGGUUUAAGCAGAAGGAAAAGGAGUAGAAAUGCACUGCUAAUUUCUGUAACUGUUAUUUGGUCUCAUUUGUUUCACUGCCGUUCUUAUCUGAUGUAGGGCUUGUCAGUACAGAAAAAAGUGUAUUAUAGUACUGGACAUUGUCAUUAUGUGUAUUUGGUGCGAUAUUUAAAGUACUUCUGAACUAAAAGCAGGAUUUUUAAAUGGACUCAUUAAAGCCCUUGUACAUAACAUUUAAAAAUUGCUUUGUUCCCUAAAAAGCAGGAGAUAUAAAUUUUUUUGUCAAAUGCUUUAUGGUAAGCCAAUUAGGACUUCAAACUAACGUCAUGUAUUGUUACAGAUUUAUGCCUCAUUCUUGGGUGCCACUUAGCUAAUACAUGAAUAUGUUACAUACCACAGAAGAGUUUGUACUGGAUGUCACAGUGCAAAAGUAAUUCUAUUGAAAACAGACUUUUAACAAUUACAUAAAUAAACAAUUAAUAGAAAAAACUUUGAGAUACAGAUCCUAAAACUGCAUACACUUAGCUAGCUGAUCAGCUAUGCAACAGAACACAAAGAUGUUUCAAAACUACAUAAUUAUGUAUAGUCAUAGAUUGGUGUUUUGGUAAGGAGUUAGAUAUGGAAAGAGUCCUUUUCCAUUUUAGCAUCAUCUUUGGUAUGUAUAUACAAAAACAAUGACUAUAUUCAAUGAAGUUAACACACGGGUGUUCAGGGGUACUUCAAAUACCUAUGAUAAUACAUUGUGGUACAAAAAUAGAUAUCAGCAUUUGGUAGUAUUAUAAAAAGAACCGCACAGUCUUUUUAAAUCAAGCUAUGCAAUUUAUUACUACAUUAAUAUAUUACCAUAAUUGCAUCCGGAUCUGAUACGUUUACCUGUAUUCUUCACACAACAAUAAAGUCAGUCCAGAUUUAGUUCACCAUUAAAUGGUGAAUACAACUGAUAUGAAUAAAUAGUAUUUGUUGUAUCCUAAAUGUAUUUAAAAUAAUUAUAAUUUAUUUAACAAAUCUUCCUAUUAAUGAGCAUAUUGUGGAGCUGCUUAAUGCCACAAUGUCAUGGUCAAACAUGUUUUCUAGUUAUUAAGGCUUUCAGUUAGCACUGUUAAUUUCCCUUUAGUAGCAUUAAAACUGUAAAAUUGUUUAUAAUGUUUUAAAGCCUGUUGUAGUGGCUAAAAAUAAUGAAAUGUCAAACAUACGGAGAGUGUCAGUCAAUUCUUUAAGCAGUUUUUUUUUUUUUACUUUAUUUUCCUCUAGAUGUUGAUAAUUUAAUUAGAAUGGAAUAUAAUGGAAUCAGUGAAUAUGUAAAGGUGAAAAAGGAAAAUAAUAAGUUAAUAAAACUAAAUUCUGUUGGGCCUCAAUAAA